UGAUUUCUGUAUGUGCUUUAAAGAGGCUUGCUUGAGACUCUUGCAUGGGGAAUCAGUGACUUGCACACAUCUGGAACCAUAAUUACAACCCAGGCCAGGGAUAUUUUUUUUUAUAUAGCAAGAUACGAUGGUGUCCUGCAGAAGGUUUCCAGGACUCACACCAAUUGCACUGCUUCUGGUCUCCUUUGUGAAUGUCUUUCUUGUGACUUAUGUGAAGAACAUAAUACAAGAGCUGAGAAAGGAGAGACAGGGAUACUUAGAGGUUCAUCCUCGAUCGUUUAACCAAGAAAAUGCAGUAAUUGAGAGACUGGACCAUUUGGAGACAUAUAUUCGCAACAUCUCAGCAAUUUCAAUGAACAAGCCCUCUAAUGAUGAUCAAAAGUUGCUACAAAUGUCAAAGAAGGAAAUGCACCAGAAAGAAAACAAGCUAGAAACGGAAAAGAAAGUUUUACCUCGGAUACUAUUUCCAGAUUCAUACCUCUUUAAGCUCUGGGGCACAGAUCUAACAGAAGACCAACAGACCAAAGCCCAGGAGUUAUUUACUAAAUACGGGUAUAAUGUGUAUCUCAGUGACCAACUUCCCCUGGAUCGACCAAUUCGAGACACCAGAUAUGCCAGCUGUAAAAAAAAAUCCUACCCCAAAGACCUCCCAACACUUAGUGUCAUCCUGAUAUUUAUGAACGAGGCAGUGUCAGUCAUCUUGCGUGCUGUCACCAGUAUAAUUAACCGAACACCUUCUCACUUGCUGAAAGAAAUUAUACUGGUAGAUGAUCAUAGCUCAAAUGAGGACUUACUAGGACCCUUGGAUGAAAAGAUAAGAAAUUACAAUGCAAAAUAUCCCGGGCUGUUGAAAAUUGUGAGGCAUCAGAAAAGAGAAGGCCUCACACAAGCCCGGAUUUCUGGCUGGAAAGCAUCCACUGCAGAUGUUGUUGCCAUCCUGGAUGCCCAUAUUGAAGUAAAUGUUGCAUGGGCUGAACCUAUUCUGUCUCGAAUAAAGGAAGACCGUACUGUUAUAAUAUCCCCGGUGUUUGACAAUAUCCGCUUUGAUGAUUUGGACAUUUUUGAAUAUUCUGUGGCUGCAGAUGGAUUUGACUGGGCCAUGUGGUGCCUCUAUGAGGCAUUACCAGAAGAAUGGUAUAAGCUCAAAGAUGAUACAGCUCCAGUUCGAAGUCCUUCUAUCAUGGGCAUACUUGCUGCGCAUAGAGAAUUUCUGGGUGAGAUUGGGGUACUGGAUGGUGGAAUGCAUAUAUAUGGAGGGGAGAAUGUAGAACUGGGCUUACGGGCUUGGCAGUGUGGGGGGAAGGUUGAAGUCUUGCCCUGUUCAAGAAUUGCUCACUUGGAAAGGGCUCACAAACCCUACUUGCUGGACCUGAGUAUUGCCAUGAGACGUAAUGCACUGAGAGUGGCAGAAGUCUGGAUGGACGACUAUAAGAACAUGGUCUACUUUGCAUGGAACCUUCCUAUCGAGAAUCAUGGAAUAGACUAUGGAGAUGUUACUUCCAGAAAGGAGCUAAGAAAAAAGCUGAACUGUAAAAGCUUUGAUUGGUACAUAAAAAAUGUUUAUCCCAAUUUAGUACCUAUGAACACCAUUGUUGGCUACGGAACAAUCAAAAAUACUCUGAAGGAGGACAUUUGUAUAGAUCAAGGCCCUGUCCCUGGAAAUACUCCAAUAAUGUAUGGAUGCCAUGGAUACUCACCACAGCAUGUGUUUUAUCACAGCACAGGAGAAAUAUAUGUAGGGGGCUUAAAAGCACGACGCAAUGCAGUUGAUCGAUGCCUAUCUGACCCUGGCACAGGCGACUUGCCAUUUUUAGACCAAUGUGAUGAAGCGAUUAAUAAAGGACUGAAUAUGUACUGGGAUUUUGAGCAGGGAUCAUCCAUCAUCAACAGGAAAACUAAAAGAUGCCUUGAAAUUUUAAGGGAUGAAACAGCAUCAUAUUACACACUUGUGAUGAAGGCUUGUACUGGACAAAAGUGGACCAUUCAACACACAGUUAAGGACUGGGGCAGGAAAGAUGCUCUCAGAUAGCCACAAAAAAGUCAGAAUGCAAAGUAUGGACUUGACAGUGUGUCUACAGGAGGAAGCUAACAUGCAGGCAGGUAGGCUGUGGAGUCAUAGUGCACUCACUAUUGCCACACCAGGUCCUCAUGUGGGCAUUCUUAGUGCAUCCUCUGACCAUCACACUUUAACCAUAAAGCCACAGGUCAGGUAUUAUCUUAUCCUCUGUCCAUGCCUCUCUUGUGCCUUUCUGGAAGCCUGGAGCUACCACCAAGAAACUAGUCCCACCCACCACUCCCUGCAUACAGUAAAUAUAUCAGAAGAAUUUUAACAAUGCCUUCACCCAACAGUUAGCCAGUUUAGGCAGCUUAGAGGAGGACUGAGCACAUACCCUCUCCCAUGAUGGUGAGAAGUUGAGAUAUAGGGACAUGUGCUCAGGACUGCUUUAAGCCUUCAGUACUGCCCUACUUCUGGGUUUGGGGUGGUGUGGAGCAGGAUUGAGUGGGUUGGACUUGUUUCUCAGCAGUGGUCCCAUGCUUGGCAAAGAGACACUACUAGAGACAUAGCCUUAAUGUGAGGCACUUGACUCCAGAGAUCGAUUUGCUGUGUGUUGUUUCCUACCUCUUAUGGUUAUGGUGAUGAGAAAAUGUUUUGUUCAAAUAAAAAAUAUCCACACUCCUUCACUUCUAGUACAACAGGGCUUAUGUCUGACCCCAUCUACUUGACAGUUUUAUUAUCCCCAUUGUCUAAGAUGAGGGGAUGCCUUCUGACCUGAGGACAACUAAAACUGGGUCUGUGCAGCACUGCAGGCAAGUUAGUUAGCAUAGGAGCAGGCAGGCAUUGUCACACAGAUCUGCUGACUAGUCCACUUGCCACACCACACAGGAAGCAACUGCACUCCUUUCAGUUUAGAAGGAAGCCUCCA